AUGACAACGGAAACACUGAAAGAGGAGGAUAUCGGUAAUUGUGAAUGCAGUGAAAAAAUAUCUGAGGAAAAGAUCUCAAUUGAAGAUACCGAUGAUGAUGAUUAUAAAUUAACUUUAAAAAAUCUUUGGGGUACAGAUAUAGCUAAUUAUUUUUUAAAUCCAAAUUUUCAAAAAACUACAAAAAUUAAAACCAUUACAAAUCAAUCAAAUACCAAUCAAUCAAUAAAUGAUAAUCUUUUCAUUGGUGGUUAUCCAAAUGGUAUGUUACAUGGUGCUCGUAUACCAUUUCAUUAUAAAUUAAAAUCAUGGUUAUUUGAUUUAAAACAAAUUAAUAUGAAUCAAUCAAUUGAUAAUCGAAAAUCAAUAAAAUCGAUCAAAUCAAUGAAAUCAAUAAAAUGUCCUAUUAUUUCUCAUUUAUCAACUAGAACAAAUAGUGUAUUUAAUUUAAUUGAUUUAUUAAAAUAUCAUAUAGGAAUAAAUUAUAGUGCACAAUAUUUAUGGAAUUUAUUAAGAUAUAAAUCAUAUGAACAAUUAAUUAAUUAUGAAAAACAAUUAACUAAUGAAGAACAAAUUACAUAUAGUGCAUUUACACAUGAAUAUGUAUUAAAGGGGAAAGAAAAGCCACCUUUAUGUGAUUUCAUUCGUGAAAAUCCAUCAAAUUCAUUAAUGAAUAUCAUGAAACAGUUAAAAUCACCAUCUAUUGAGAAACAGUUACGUAAAAUGAAUUUAUCUGUAUCAUGGGCUAAUAGAAAUCAAGAUCAAUUUCGUAUGAUCUCAUUUCAACAAAAUUUAAAAGAUGCAAUCAAAUCCAUUGAAAAUAAUCAGUUCACAUCUUCAUUAUUGAAUCAUCAUCAAAUGAAAAUAAAACAUGAAUUGGAUUCGAACUUAAAAUUGAAUGAUCAACAAGUUGAUCAAUUAAUGUCAUUCUAUCCUACGUUGAAAAAUAAACAAAAUGAAACAUUCAUUGAUAAUGAUAUUCAACCAUUAGAAAAUUACUUUCCAGAUUACUCUAAAAUACAAGAUUCCAUCAAGAAAGUAUCAAAAUUAUCUAACAGUGAAAGUAUGACAAAGAAGUCAACCAAAUCAUUUGAUCAUUUAUCAUUUUGGCAUGCAAAUCAAUCAAUCAAGUCUCCAAAGAAAACUGAAAUAAAGUAUCAAUCUAUAAACAAUAAACAAGAGAAUACUUCAUAUCAACUUAAAUCUUUAAGAAAACCAUCUAAUAUUUCAAUAUCUACUUCAUCGAUUGACAAGAAAUUACAACCUCUUUGUUGGUCUGAUCUACUUGAAACCAAUAAACAAAAAAGAGAUUAUUCUAAACACAUUAGUGGAUUAUAUUCAUCAUUAUCUAAUGAGAAUUCAAGAAAUAAUUCAAUGGAUUGUUCAUUUAUAAAGAAAACAUUAUGGAAACCAGCUAAAGCAAUUGUAUCAUAA